UAUAAUAAUAAUUGUUCUUUUACUUUCAAUUUUCGUGGUUUUUAUGCUUGGAUGCACCAAUAUGAGACACAAUAGAAAAUUGUCUUGCGUAUAAGAGGUUAAAUAUUAAUAUUAUUCGAUAAUUAUUUUUUUGCCAGGUUUAAUGAUCAAUUCCAAUGUUUUUUUACAAAUGAAACAUUUAGAAUUGAAGCCUGUGCCGUCCUGUGAUGGUAGACCGGGUGCACGCAUUUGCAACGUAUUGCAGGUUCGAUUCCGCACGGCACCUCAAGUUAAAUCUGCCAUCUGGCGUACAAAAACAUCAAAAUAGGUACCUUCCUAGUGACCUCACACUAUAUUCAAAACAAUUUUUUAGUAUCUUAGCAACCACAUUGAUUACAUGGGCUGGAUAGUUCACAUUUGCAAAUAACUUGGAUUUAUUGAAAGUAAUACAAUUUACAUAAAAUAAGCUAUCAAAAUGGAGUUCACCAUGGAACAUAUGGAGAAGCUCGUGGAUCUGUUGAGACCACCUGAACCUGACGUGCUGCAAGGAGACGAUUUACCUCCGACUGAGUUUGAAAUAAGUUCAACGAGAGGUAAAGUUCCUCCUCCCGAAGAAAAGAAGGCUCCAAAAACUAUUGAAGAGUUUGAAGAACAAGAGGCUAAGGAGAUCGAAAGCUUGGGGAAAGCUGGUGUUGGUUUAGGAGAUCUAAAAACUCCUGAAUAUACCAUGAACUAUCAGCAGUCCGUCUCCGCUGAAGAUGUGUAUCUGCAGAUUGGCCCAAAGACCCCAUCAUCAGCAAGUUGCGAGAAUCUGAUAGUUCGCAUCAAGAUGCCGGGAGAUAAGAAAGAAAACGUGGAUUUAACUGUAGACACCAACAGCGUCGCAGUGGUUUCUUCCCAGUAUUCACUAAAACUUCCUUUGCCACAUGGCAUUGAUCCUGACCGGUCUAAGGCAAGUUGGGAGUCCGACCAGGAAACAUUGGUGCUUACCCUGAAGCUGGACCGAGAAUUUGAUUUUGUUAAUUUUUAAAAUAAAAACAAUGUAGGUAAUGUAA